ACCUCUCGACCCGGGUUCCCCGACGCAGCUUUGGCGGAGCCGAUGCCUCGGAAGUGGCAGCUCGGGAAGUGGCCAGCAUUUCCACGCAGGACUCCUGGGGUCGGGGGAGUGGGCACCCCCUCAGCCUGGCGGGUCCCUACGAGCCGCCAAGUUUCAGCAGCGACGCGCCGGGCACCCACCGAGGCGGGAUCUCUCGUCGCCGCCCCGCGCAAGCGUUGUGUUUCGUUUGCAUUUCUUUCCCCCUUUAAAUUUGGAGUUUCUGUUUCACACAAAAACCAGGGCUGCGCUGUCAGUACUGACCUUUGCAAAUAAGCCAAACGCCAGGAAUGCCUAAAUUAAAACUAAAUUCUAACUAGGUAAACCAUGAAAAGCUGAUGACAUAAGAGCAUUAGAAUUCACUUUGAAAGUAAACAGGGUUUUCUGGGUCGUCACAGAAUGUGAUCACUUACUCAAGGGCUCAGGGCAGUUCCCAUGGAAAACUUAAACCACAGAAACAAAGAUCAAGAAAUGCCUCAUUCCACAAACAAAGAACUGAUAGUUGGCAUCAUGGUGGGAACUGCUGGGAUCAGUUUGCUGGUUUUGUGGUAUCACAAGGUCCGUAAAGCAAGUACAGCCGUGAAUUUACCUAAAUUUCUUUCUCUGGGUAAUACCUAUAAUUCAAUAACUUUUCAAGAUGAAAUGUGUAAUGGCCAAGGAACAGCAGUGAUUUUCCAAAGAAGACAACUUCAGAUACUGGAGAAGUUAAAUGAAUUACUGACGAAUAUGGAAGAACUCAAAGAGGAAAUUAGAUUUCUUAAGGAAACUAUACCAAAGCUGGAGGAAUAUAUACAAGAUGAACUUGGAGGAAAGAUAACAGUUCAUAAGAUAAGUCCUCAGCACAGAGCUAGAAAAAGAAGGUUGACUACAGUUCAAAGUACAGCAACAAGUAAUAGUUCGGAGGAAGCAGAAAGCGAAGGAGGGUAUAUUACAGCUAAUACUGAUACAGAAGAGCAAAGUUUUCCAGGCACUAAGGCAUUUAACACACAUGUAGAAGAAUUAAAGUUAGAUGCCCUUCUUCAGAAGGUAGAUCACUUACGUAUGAAUGAGUCUGACAAGAUGGAGAGUUUUGAACUACUUUGUGACCACAAAGAAAAGUUUAGAGAUGAAGCAGAGUAUAUGUGGCGGCUUGUUCGUGCUUAUGGAGACAUGUGUGUGUUAUCUACAAAUGUACAAGAAAAGAAACAUUACGCUAAUAUUGGAAAAACUUUAGGUGAAAGAGCUGUUGCUAGAGCACCCAUGAAUGGAUACUGUCAUCUGUGGUAUGCAGUUUUGUGUGGCCAAGUGUCUGAGUUUGAGGGCUUACAAAACAAAGUCAACUAUGGACAUCACUUUAAGGAACAUCUAGAUAUAGCAAUCACACUUAUACCUGAAGAACCCUAUUUGUAUUACCUCAAGGGAAGAUACUGUUAUACUAUCUCAAAACUCAGCUGGAUUGAGAAGAAGAUGGCUGCUACUCUGUUUGGAAAAAUACCAUCUUCAAAUGUACAAGAAGCUUUGAACAACUUCCUUAAGGCUGAAGAACUACACCCUGGUUUCUCAGUACCCAAUUACAUGUACUUGGCCAAGUCUUAUAUAGAUCUUGAUGAAACUCAGAAUGCUUGGAAGGUCUGUCAUUUGGCAUUACUACUUCCUGUUGUUACCAAUGAGGACAAAGAGGCAAUCAAAGAGGUGAAAAAAAUAAUGACUUCCUUGAAGAGGUUGCUUGACAUUGAAGAAGCCAGAAAAACUACUCAGUAUCUUGAUUGAGGAUUUCUGCUGCUGGGUCACUAAGGCCAAGCUAUAAUGGUAUUCUCCCUUCACUCACAGAGGAAGUACAUGAACUACUAACCUCUCAAGAGACUCCAGGGACAACUUGGGAAAGGGGGGUUUGGAUGGAGAACUUUGAACACAUUCAACUUCAGGAGAUAGGAAUCAAACUGUAUGCUACAAUUCCUCAUAAAGCAUUUAAAGAGUAACUUAAAUUUACUUUAAAUGUUCCACUAAAAAUUUUAACACUUGUGAUGUCCAUGUAACUGCUUUGUUAGCUAUCCUACUUAGCAAAUAGUUUUCAUUUUAACAUAAAAAUCCCAUCUCAGUUGCACCUAAAAAGUUGUCAAAAGGCUUUUCAUGUGACAAUAUUUUUAUAGUCUCGAAUUACAAAGAGCAGUGGUAAAGGCUGGAAGGGACCAUAAAUACAAACUCCUAUACCAAACCUCUUAUUUGCUCUGAUGUAUAAGUAGCAUGGUGAGUGAGGGUCAGAGAAUUGUACUGACUGAGCCAGGCUGGAUCCAGGCCUUGGAAUCUUACAUCUUCUGCAUCCCACUUUGAACCUAGGACUAUUUACAUGUAACUGACUGGAAUCCAAAGUGCCUGGCAUAGAGUGGGGACUCUCAGAAUGGUGACGUACUUGGUGACUACCUAUUCCAAAUGCUUUUUCUAUCUCAUCCUCACAGCCAACCCGUGAGGAAGGAACAUUCAAUUUUACACCAUUUAUGGAAAAAGGAGCUAAAGCAAGAUUUUGAAUAACAUGUCUAAGACAGUGAGCAAGGGAUUUGAAAUCAAGCAGUCUACUCCUGAGUCCAUGCUGUAGUCUGGGCCACAGUGCAAUCCUGCCAGCCAAAUCAGGAAAUUAGGGAUUCAGGGAGGAAAAGAUAGAGGGUGAAAGGAGAGCAUAAAAUAAGGAAGGAAGGGAAAAGUAGGAAAAGAGUGUCUUUUUGUAAGUAGAGGGGAUCAUAAGGAAGAAGGAAGAGAAAGGUAGGGAGAAAGGUAAAAGAAAAAUCCUAUAUUUAUAUUUUUGAUUUUAGCAUGCAUUUUCUAGUUUCACAUCAUAAAUUUCCAACACCCUACUGUGUAUUUUUUUAUACUAAAUCUUUCUCAUAUGCCCAGUGUCUCCUUUCCCCACCCACAUAAGGAAAGAGGGGGAAAAAAGAGGGUGGAGAAGACUAAUUUUAAUGACAUGAUCUACAUGGUCUGUUUAUGUUAGGAGAAUCUCAUUGUGGACUUUAUAGUCAGUUGAUUGGGCAAUUAACAGAACUAGUUUAUUUCACAGAGAUAAAGUACAUUUUAGAGGCAAGUAAAGUUAGUAUCUUGAAGUUCUGUGAUUUUGGAACUCCCCAACCUAUAUUUUGCUAUAGGUGCCUGAAGCGAAAGCAUUAAGGUUGAAUUUUUUAAACAGUUUUAUUGAGAUGAAAUUGGCGUAUAAAUAAUUGCACAUAUUUAAGUGUAUAAUUUUGAUGAAUUCUGACAUAUGUGUACACCAUGAAAACAUCACCAUGAUCAAGAUAAACUUUCCCAUCAUCUCGUGAGCUUAUUCACACCCCUCCACAAUCUCUUCCUGCUGCCUCUCAGCAUCCCAUCCUCAAGCAACCACUGAUCACUGUCACUAUAGAUUGUAUUUUCUAGAAUUUCAUGUUAAAAGAAUAUCCUUUUGUCUAGCUUCAUUCAUUAAACAUAAUUAUUUUGUGAUUCAUCCACAUUGCAGCUGUGCCAGUAUUUAAUUCCUUCCCUUAAUUCUGAGUUGUACUUUUUAUCACAUGUCUCUGCCACAGUUUGUUUCCUAAUUCCCCUGUGGAUAGAUAUUGGGGAUGUUUCUGGUACUUGAUUAUUACAAAUAAAUUUCCUGUGAACAUUCAUAGAAAGUCUUCAAAUGGAUAUAUAUAUUCAUUUCUCUUGAAUAAAUACCCAGAAGUAGGAAGUAUGGUUGAUGUUAUGUCUAUCAUUUUGAUAACUGUCAAACUUUUCCAAAGUGGUUCUGUCAUUUUACAUUUUCACCAAUAGCACAUGAAAGUUUCACUUGCUUAACCUACUUUAAAAAUCACUUGGUUUUAUUUAAUGUUUUUAAUUUUAGCUACUGCACUACAUUAUGUAGUAAUAUCUGAUUGGGGUUUUAACUUGUAUUUCCCUAGGGACAAAUUUAUGCUAAGCCUUUUUUCAUGUACUUAUUUGCCAUUCAUAUAUCUUCUUUGGUGAAAUGUCUAUUCAGUUUUUUGCCCAUUAUUUAAAUUGGGAUGUUUGGUUUUUGUAUAUAGUUUGGUGUAUGGCUUUGAAGUUCAUUUGUUGUAUUAUUUGGAGACUUAAUUAUUCUAGCACUAUUUGUUGAAAAGACUAUUGUUUCUUCACCUGAUUACCUUUGUACCUUUGUCAAAUAUCAGAUAGGUAUGUAUUUAAUAUAUGACCAUUUCUGGACUUCCUAUUAUGUUGCAUUGAUUUAUUUGUGGAUCUUGAUGCUAAUAACAUAUUGUGUUGAUAUGGUAGUAUAAACCCUUCAACUUUUUAAAAAAUUGUUUUGGCUAUUCUAAUGUCUUUUGCAUUUGCAUAUGAAUUUGAGAAUCAGUUUUUUACAUUUCUACCCACAAAAUCAUGGCUGAUAUUUUAUUGGUAUUGUAUUGAUCAAUUUGAAGAUAAUUCACAUCUUAUUAUUGAGUCUUUCAACCCAUAAAUAUAUUAUAGCUCUUCAUUUAUUUAUGUCUUCAAUUUCUCUUGCAAUGUUUUGUAGUUUUCAAUGUACAGGUCUUUCACAUUUUUGUUAAACUUAUCCCCAAGGAUUUCAUG